AUGAGGGUUCCACCGUUAACUACCUGUGAAAAAGAAGUCAUUUUAGAAGCAUUGAAAAGUGGAAAACGAUUCGAUUUUCGAGGUUUAGAAGAAUUCCGUGGUGUAAAACUAGUUGUCGGAUCAGAAAUUGGUACUGCUAUAUGCACAAUUGGAAAUACAAAAGUAAUAGCCGCAGUUAGCGCUCAAAUUGCGGAGCCAUCUUCAAUGCGUCCGCAUAAAGGAGUCAUCAUCAUUGACGUUGAUUUGAGCCCUAUGGCGAACGUUUCCAACGAGCAUGAUCGUCUGGGAAGUAAAGGAAUGGAAUUGAUCCGGUUGCUCGAGCUCAUCAUCAGAGAUUCAAGAUGCAUUGACGUUGAGUCACUUUGCAUUCGUGCCGGAAAGGAAAUCUGGAAAGUUCGUGUCGACGUUCGCAUUCUGGACGAAGACGGUAGUCUGCUCGACUGUGCUUGUCUGGCUGCUAUCACGGCUCUGCAGCAUUUCAAAAGACCUAAUGUUACUUUGGAACCUCACCAUACCCUCAUCUAUUCUGAAUACGAGAAAGCGCCAGUUCCAUUGAAUAUCUACCAUAUGCCCAUUUGCACAACGAUCGGAUUAUUGGAUAAAGGACAAAUGGUGGUUAUUGAUCCAACAGAAAAGGAAGCAGCCUGUCUUGAUGGUUCCAUCGUCGUCGCUUGCAACAAACGUCGCGAAGUGUGUGCCCUUCAUCAAAGCACCAAUCUUGUUUUGUCAACGAAACAGAUAGAGCGAUGUGUGAAACUGGCAAUGUCUCGAGCCGAAGCUCUGACUGCUGUCGUGAGUGAUGUUAUCAAACAGGAUCAACGAGAGAGAAGUGCAUUCAAACGCCCCGAUGGUUUUUCUAUCACCACACCAUCUCUUAUUCUCACUUCGGGAACAGCCGCAGCACGUCAAAUCAAUGCUCCACGAAUUCAACACGGAAGAGAACCAGAAGAAAAAAUGCUAUACCAACCAAGUGUUAUUGUCAAUGAGAAUCCAUUGAGCGUAGGAUCAGUGAAACAAGAGGAAGUUGAUGAGGAUGCACUGAUUGCUGAGCAGCUCAGCAUUAUUCAGAAUAGUGUUGGCGGAGUGGCUGUUAGUGACCCGCAAAGCUCAGGGGUAUCUAAAAGAAAGAAAGAAAAAGAAAUGGUUGAUGAUCUUCUUGAUGGAAUCUGUGAUUCUGAAGAAGAAGAGGUCAAAACAGAGAUUCUAGGCUCCAGUGAACCAAUGGAAGUCGUGCUACCGGUCGUGGAACAACAAAAAGAUGAAGAAGAUGUCACUUCGUGGAGGAAGAAGAAGAAGAAGGUCUAA